CCAACGUCUAUCACCAUGAAGGUCGAGCUGUGCGGUUUCGGCAGGUACAAGAUCUACCUGGGACACAGGCGGCGCUAAGCCGGGACCAAGGGGAAGGUUUUCCCAUUUCUUAAUGCGAAGUGUGAGUCUGCAUUCCUCUCCAAAAGGAAUCCUCAGCAGAUAAACUGGACUGUCCUCUACAGAAGAAAACACAAGAAAGGACAGUCGGAAGAAAAAAGAACCCACCAUGCAGUCAAAUUCCGGAGAGCCGUUACUGACGCACCUCUUGCUGAUGUAAUGGCCAAGAGGAAUCAGACACCAGGAGUUAGGAAGGAUCAGGGAGAGCAGGCUAUCAGGGCUGCCGAGGAAGUAAAAAAGGCUAAGCAGGCAUCAAAGAAGACAGCAAUGGCUGCUGCCAAGGUCCCCACAAAGGCAGCGCCUAAACAAAAGAUUGUGAAGCCUGUGAAGGUCUCUGCUCCCAGAGUUGGUGGGAAACACUAA